CCUGUUGGACUCCAAAUCGUUGGAAGGAGAGGGGCGAUGGACGGCCGAUCCACAUGAGGGGUGGGAAGAGAUCAGCGGCUACGACGAAUAUUACACCCCCAUCACCACCUAUCAGGUCUGCCACGUGAUGGAGCCAAACCAAAACAACUGGCUGAGGACUAAUUGGAUUUCGUGCGGGGGCGCCCAGCGGAUCUACAUCGAGCUCAAGUUCACGCUCCGCGAUUGCAGCAGCAUCCCGGGCGUGGCCGGGACGUGCAAGGAGACCUUCAACCUGCACUACCACGAGUCGGACAGCGACUCGUCGGCUCACGUCGACGAGAACCAGUUCUUCAAAAUCGACACCAUCGCGGCGGACGAGAGCUUCACGCAAGUGGACCUGGGCGGCCGCAUCAUGAAGCUGAACACGGAGGUGCGCGACGUGGGCCCCCUCGCCAAGAAGGGCUUCCACCUGGCCUUCCAAGACGUGGGCGCGUGCAUCGCGCUCGUCUCCGUGCGCGUCUACUACAAGCGCUGCCCGCGCACCGUGCGCGGCCUGGCCGUCUUCCCCGACACGGUGACGGGCGCCGACUCGUCCUCGCUCAUCGAGGUGCGCGGGGCGUGCGUCGACAACUCGGUCGAGAAGGAGGCGCCGCGCAUGUUCUGCAGCGCCGACGGCGAGUGGCUCGUGCCCAUCGGGAGGUGCGUCUGCGGCCCCGGGUACGAGGAGGUGGUGGUGGGAGCGUGUAGAGCUUGUCCUGCUGGCAUCGGGUUCUACAAAGAGAUCGCCGGCGAGCAGAUGUGUUCCAAGUGCCCCCCACACAGCCUAUCGCAUCGGGCCGGAUCGUAUGACUGCGAGUGCGACGAGAGCUACUACAGAGCCAAGGCGGAUCCCAAGUCCAUGGCAUGCACACGACCCCCGUCUCCGCCGCGCGCCCUCAUGGCCAGCAUGAACGCCACGUGCCUCGUGCUCGAGUGGAGCGCGCCCAGCGACACGGGAGGCCGCCGCGACCUCAACUACAGCGUGGCGUGCCGGGUGUGCGCGCCCGCCGAGCCGUUGCCGACCAGCGGCGACGGCGGCAACAAUGGUGGCAGCAGCAGCGGUGCGGCGGGGACCCCCCGGUGCUUGCCGUGCGGCGCCGAGGUGCGCUUCGCCCCGCGCCAGUCCGGCGUGACGGACCGGAGGGUCACGGUGACGGGGCUCGCCGCCCACACCAACUACACGUUCGAGGUGCGGGCCACAAACGGAGUCUCCGAGCUGACCCGGGCUCCGCCACAGUCGGCCUCCAUUCGGCUGACGAUGAAUCCCGCGGCACCGGGACAAAUAUUGGACGUUCGUCAAAACCGAAUAUCUAAAGACGCCAUUGCCCUGUCGUGGUCAGAGCCGAAGCAUCCCAACAGCGUCAUCCUGGAUUACGAAAUAACGUUUAGCGAGAAGGAGCAAACGGAGAUAAGCUACACCACGGUGAAGUCCAAGUGGAACACCAUCACCAUUAACGGUCUGAAGCCCUCGACAAUCUACACCUUCCAAGUGCGCACACGGACGACGGCAGGGUACGGGCAGUACAGCAGGCCCUUCCACUUCCAGACCUCCAACGAGCCACUGGAUAUCUCGAGUGAUCCGAGCCAGAGCACCAUUGUGUGGCUAUCCGUAGCGACGGGGAUUAUAGUUGUCCUCAUCAUUGUUUGCUUCUUAUUGAAGGGAAGGUACUGCGGUUACAGCAAAGCGAAGCAAAACUGUGACGAGGAUAAGCAACAUUUCCAAGGUAGCCAUGUGAAAUUGCCCGGUCUGAAGAUGUACAUAGACCCUUUUACGUACGAAGACCCAUGCGAAGCUGUCCACGAGUUCGCGAGAGAAAUCGACGUCUCGUACAUCAAAAUCGAAGGCGUCGUUGGAGCCGGCGAGUUUGGCGAGGUGUGCCGAGGUCGGCUGAGGCUGCCUGGGAAGGGAGAGGCCUCCGUGGCCAUCAAGACGCUGAAGGCCGGCUACACGGAGGAGCAGCGCAGAGACUUCCUGUGCGAGGCCAGCAUCAUGGGCCAGUUCGAUCACCCCAACAUCAUCAGGCUGGAGGGGGUCAUCACCAAGAGUAUACCAGUCAUGAUUGUUACGGAAUAUAUGGAGAAUGGCUCUCUGGACUCCUUCCUAAGGAAGAACGACGGGCAGUUCACAUCGAUCCAGCUGGUGGGGAUGCUGCGCGGCAUCGCGGCCGGCAUGAAGUACCUGUCCGACAUGAACUACGUGCACCGCGACCUGGCCGCUCGCAACAUCCUGGUCAACAGCAACCUGGUGUGCAAGGUGUCCGACUUCGGGCUGUCGCGGGUGCUGGAGGACGACCCCGAGGCCGCAUACACCGCCAAGGUGCAGGGAGGGAGGAUCCCGGUGCGUUGGACGGCCCCGGAGGCGAUCGCCUACCGCAAGUUCACGUCUGCGAGCGACGUGUGGAGCUACGGCAUCGUCAUGUGGGAGGUGAUGUCCUACGGCGAGCGGCCCUACUGGGACAUGAGCAACCAGGACGUGAUCAAGGCGAUCGAGGAGGGCUACCGGCUGCCGGCGCCCAUGGACUGCCCCCUGCCGCUCCACCAGCUCAUGCUCGACUGCUGGCAGAAGGAGCGCUCCGACCGGCCCAAGUUCGGCCAGAUCGUCAACGCUCUCGACAGGCUCAUCCGCAGCCCCGGACUGCUCAACACGCUCGCCAACGGCACCUUAAGGCCACAGAACCCAUUUCUGGAGCACAGUGUCCCACUGUUCAUCGCCUUCCGUUCAGUGGGGGACUGGUUGGAUGUCAUCAAGAUGGGGCGUUACAAGGACAACUUUGCCGUGGCAGGCUUCAACCACCUGGAGUCAGUUGCACAGAUGAGCCUUGACGACGUUAUACGGAUAGGCAUCACGCUGGUGGGCCAUCAAAAGAAGAUUCUAAACAGCAUCCAGAUCAUGAGAGCACAGAUGGUGCAGAUGCAGGACUCAGGAGUUCAGGUGUAAAGCGGCACUUUACCGGGACCGGCCCCCGAGCUUCUACGCCCUGCUCUCACUGCCCCCGGAGGGCCCCACGGCCGGCUCUUUAUUAUUUAAGGGAGAAUUCUCCAUUGCAAAUGGAAUAAAUGGAACCGAAUGGGGGUGGGCGGGAGGGGGGG